AUGCCGCCCGGCCGCCAGUAUCACGCAAACAAUGGCCCAGCCGCCGCCGUCGUGGCCUCGCGGGAAAGGGUCGCCGCCAUGCCUGGUACCCCGUCUCGCAAGGAGAGGCAGCGCGAGAGCUCGGCGCUGCAGGAUCCCGGGCUGAAGGAUUAUCGGUUGGGCGAGUGUCUCGGCAAGGGCGCCUUUGGGUCCGUGUACAAGGCUUUCAACUGGAGCACUGGCGAGGCCGUGGCCGUCAAGCAGAUCAAGCUGGCCGAUCUGCCCAAGAGCGAGCUGCGCAUGAUAGAGAGUGAAAUCGACCUUCUCAAGAAUCUUCUGCACGACAACAUUGUCAAGUACAUUGGUUUCGUCAAGUCUGUCGACUGUCUCAACAUCAUUCUCGAGUACUGCGAGAAUGGUUCCCUUCACUCGAUACUAAAGGCCUACGGCAAGUUUCCCGAGAACCUCGUCGGAGUCUACAUGACCCAAGUCCUCCAGGGCCUGCACUAUCUCCACGACCAGGGCGUCAUACACCGCGACAUCAAGGGCGCAAACAUCCUCACCACAAAGGAUGGCACCGUCAAACUUGCUGACUUUGGCGUCUCGACGAGCACCCUGGCGGGCGGCCAGGACAAGGAGGCACAAGUUGUCGGCACCCCCUACUGGAUGGCCCCCGAAAUCAUCCAGCUCUCCGGCGCCAGCUCUGCCUCGGACAUAUGGAGCGUGGGCUGCACCGUCAUUGAGCUGCUGCAGGGCAAGCCGCCCUAUCACAACCUGGCGGCCAUGCCUGCCCUGUUCGCCAUUGUCAACGAUGACCAUCCUCCUCUGCCCGAGGGAGCUACGCAGGCCGCGAGGGACUUUCUCAUGCAAUGCUUCCAAAAAGACCCCAACCUGAGAGUCUCCGCGCGAAAGCUGUUGCGUCACGCCUGGAUAGCUGGCUCCCGUCGAGCCAAGGCGCCCGUCUCGAAGGCACCGGCCAACUUCAACCAGGCCGUUGAGGAGGUCAAGCAAUGGAACAAGGCUCUCAACUCCGACUCAGCCCUCCGCUCAUCCACUGGGUCAGACAUCACAGGGCCCUCGUCCCGCUUCACCAGCGGAACCCCCGCCAAGGGCCCGUUGACGCUCGCCAAGCCCAGGCCGGGUGCAGAGGCGUUUAGGUCUCCUGAAUUGAACGAUGACGACAACUGGGAUGACGACUUUGCGACCACCAUCUCCCUCAGCGCGUUGCAACUACCGCGUCUCAAGCCCCAGGACAACUUUGGUGGUCUCCUCUCCAGUGAAAAGCUCAAAGCCUUCGCGUCGACAACGGACUCGAGGAGCGACAGUUGCAGUUUCGAAGAAUUCGAGGGAGAACUGUUGACCAUCAAGGGGCCCAGUGCUCGCUCUCGUGAUUUCGAUUCGCAAGAACAAACGAUUCGUCCCAUUCCCAAGAAGACGGCGGCGAAGGCAACGGAUGCCCCGAGGCCCCCACAAAGUGCCGAGUCGAGUUUUGGGAGCUUGGCACCGGCUGCCUCCUCUGCAGCUGGCAGUGUUGGUCCUGGCUCCUGGGCCGCGCCGAGGUCUCCGUCCAAGUCGCAUCUCGGGAGCAAGUUUGAGCUUCCUCCGCGACUCGACGUGGUGUAUCGCGAGCAGGGCGUCGAGGACUAUUCAGACUUGUUCGCCGACAAUGACAGCGUAUUCGACCACAGAGUCAACCAGGCUGUGAAAAAGGGUGCUCGAGCGACUGAUGCUCCGCAGCUGUUCCAUCCAUCCGACCUCACCAGCCUGCCCAGAUCAAUGCAAGAUCCCGAGGGCAGCAUACGAAAGAAGAAGACUCAGCCGAGACCGUCUGUCCUUCCUGACCGCCCUAUGCGGCGCACCCGCUCGUCCAUUGAGAUUCAAAAGUUCGCCGAGGACGACGACGAGGACUUCUCAGACGUAUUUGGGACCUCUGAGUCUCUGGGCGAAAAGGAGGAGAGCGAACGCGGCUCCGAGGAUGGCGGGCUGAUGCUCCUGUCCAAGAUUUCCAACAACUCGUGGCUCGGCGACGAGGAAGACGAGUACGACCCGUUCGCAUUGAUGGACCCUGGCUGGGACGAGAUGGACUUGGAGGCCAACAUCGCCAGAGACCGGCAUGCCCGGCUGGCGGAGAGAGUGGAGGCUCUCGUAGGCUCGUUGAAGAUGACAGAGGGCGAGGACAUACUAUCCGAGCUCUCGGAAGACUUGCUUGCCUUGCUCUGGGAGAACAAGGAGGUGAAGAAUCUCGUCAUCAGCGCUCAUGGGCUGCUGCCCAUCCUCGAGAUCCUCGAGCCUUGCACAGUCAAGAGCAGGCAGUACAUGAUUCUGCAAUUCCUCAAAGUGGUCAACGCGAUCAUCCUCGACGACGUGGAGAUCCAGGAAAAUCUUUGCUUCGUGGGCGGCAUCCCCAUUAUCACCAAGUUUGCCGCCCGUCAAUAUUCCAACGAGAUCAGGCUCGAGGCCGCGGCGUUUGUCCGGCAGAUGUACCAAACCUCGACGUUGACGCUCCAAAUGUUUGUGUCGGCUGGUGGCCUGAACGUACUGGUCGAGUUCCUUGACGAAGACUACGACAGCGCUCGAGACCUGGUUCUCAUCGGCGUCAACGGCAUUUGGAACGUCUUUGAGCUGCAGGGUCCGACGCCUAAAAACGACUUUUGCAGGAUUUUCUCGCGCAGCAAGAUUCUGUACCCCCUGGCACUCGUCCUGCACCGAGUCUUGGACGAGGAGGGUGAGGACGAGCUGGACGAGCUCAUAGAAGGCCGCAUCGUCAACAUCUUUCAUCUCUUCAGCCAGGCGGAGAACUACGUCAAGGAGGUGGUGGCGGAUCGGCAGGUGCUCAAGAGCGUCCUCAAGGACCUGCGGCGGAUGACGCCCCUGCAUCAGAUCACGAUGCUCAAGUUCAUCAAGAACCUGUCGAUGCUGUCGACGACCAUCGAGUCGCUGCACUCGGCCGACGCCAUCGAGUUUCUCAUCGACCUGCUCAGCUACGGCAUGAAGAGGGGCCAGACACACAUUCGCGAAAUUUCGAACCAGGUCCUCAACACCCUGUUUAACCUGUGCCGCCUGAGCAAGGAACGGCAAGAGGACGCGGCCGUCGGGGGCAUCAUCCCGCUGCUGCUGAGGAUCAUGAAGACGGACCGCCCGCCCAAGGAGUUUGCGCUGCCGAUCUUGUGCGACAUGGCGCACUCGGGGUCCAAGGGGCGGAGAUAUCUCUGGCAGAACAAGGGGCUCGACUUUUACGUGUCGCUGCUCACCGACCAGUACUGGCAGGUGACGGCGUUGGACGCGAUCCUGGUGUGGCUGCAGGAGGAGACGGCCAACGUUGAGAGCCAUCUGGUCGACGGCAGCUUUACUCGGGCCAUUGUCAGCUGCUUCGGCACUAACAAACUGAACGCCUUUGACUCCAAUCUACUCGAGCCGCUCCUAAAGCUGCUCCGCCUGAGCCCGUCUGUUGCGGCGUCGCUGGCCAGGCCCGAAAUGUUUGCAGGCAUCGCUCAACGGCUGGGCCACAAGAAGGCCGUCGUGCGGCUCAACCUACUCAGGCUUGUCCGGACCAUCAUGGACGCUUGCGAGCCCGCCGGGAUGGGCGCCGGGGACGGCUCGCAGACACUUAACAGCGCGCAGGUGCGGUCGCUAAUGGACUCGAUCCAGACGCUUGCCGAGACGGACUCGGCUGUACUGGUGCGCAACCUGGCGGCGGAGCUGCUGCGGUCUCAUAUUGACGGGGCCUCGUCGGCCCCGGCGGCACACAUGAUGCGGCACGACGGGAUGAGGCGGAACAACAGCUACACGCCGCCGGCCUUGCAGACGUCCCUCUCGGUGCCGCAGACGCCAACAUCGCGGAGUAGGCAGGGCCUUUCCGGGGGCAGCGCGUACAUCGAAGUCGCCGCCAGCCCGCGACGCGCCGCAGCCCUCGAGCGGGAAGGCAUCGUCUACCGUCCUCGCAGCCGCGACGGACCAACCGGUCUCCCGCGACGUGUGAGUGGCGACGCGAGUUCGGUCGGCAGCGGCGGCGGCGUCAAGAGUCGUCUCCCACGCACGUCUCUCGCUCCGGGCAUGGCGGGGCGGAGCGCCGGUGCCGGCGCAAGAGGCGAGGCCGCGCCGCCGGUGGUGGUGCGCAGCGAGAGCAGCACGAGCAACAAGGAGAACGGCGGGAGGAGGACGCCGCGCGAGGGCAGCGGGGGCGCGACGGCCGGCCCGGGCGCGAAGCGGCGGACCAGAACCCCAGCCGACGCCAAGUCGUGA